AUGUUGGACUCAUUUGUUGCUGAGGCACUUACUUCUUUAUUAGGACAAUACAUUGAAUUAAAUCCUGAUGCAUUAAAAUUAAGUAUAGCAAAAGGAGAGGUUACUCUUAAUAAUUUAUCGUUAAGACGUGAUGCAUUUAAUAGAUUAAAUUUACCAAUUAAUAUUACUACUGGAAAUCUUCAACAACUUCACGUUAAGUUACUUAGUCUAUUUGAUUUAAAAGUUCAAAUAGAUAUUGAUAAUGUUAUUGCAUUAUGUAUUCCUCAAAAAGAAUUUACUUAUGACCAAAAAGAAGCCAUUGAAAAAGAGUUAAAAAGAAAAUUAGAACGUAUUGAAGAAUUUGAAUCAUUUACUAAACUUACUGAUGGAAAACCUGGAACUAAAGUUAGAUUAAUAAGAAAGUUAUUAGAAGGACUUAUUGUUUCAGUUACUAAUGUUCAUAUUAAAUAUAAAGAUAAUGAUGAUUAUAUUGGAGUUAAAAUAAAUGAAAUUACUUUUACAAAUGCAAAAGAACAACCAAAUGGAAUUACUAGAAAAGAAGCAGUAAUUGUAACUGCAUCUCUUUAUGCUGGAAAAGGAAACUUAGAAUUUAAUGAUCCAAUACCAAAGAAAAGUAUUAUCACCACUAUUUCAGAAUUAACUAUUAUUAUUGAUUUUAUUCAAAAACAUUAUAAACAAAUUCGUGCUUAUAUCAAAGCACCAAUAUUUAAAGGGGUAUUAACCCAAAUGCAAUAUCAAGAAUUUUUAAGUGUUAUUGGUAGAUUAUCUGAGUAUGCCCAAGCAAUUAAAUUCCUUGGAAUAAGACCACAAAAAAGGGUAUUAGGAAAUGAAAAGGCAUGGUGGAAAUUUGCUGUAGAGGCUAUUAAAAAGAAAAGAAUGAAUGAGGAAAAUAAAGGAAUAAGAGAAGAUCUUAUUAAGUCAAUUGAAGAAAAAUAUAUAGAAGUUUAUAUAAAAUGGAGAAAUGAUAAUAAAACUAAAGACCUUGAAGAAGUUAAAAGAAUGGAUGAUAAAUUAAGAGAAGAAGAAGUUAUUUAUUUAAGAAAAAAAGCAUUGAAAAAAGUAGCUACUAGUUUUACUGGAGGAUGGAAAAAGAAAAUGAUGGGAAUGAAAAAAGAAGAAAUAGACGCUCUUUGUCAAAUGCUCGAUAGUAAUGAAACUAAAAUUGAUGAUAAAGAAGAAGUCUUACACAUAGAAGCUGAAUUAGAAUUUGGAGAAAUUAGUUUAAAUAAUAAUGAUCAAAGUCGAACAAUUUUAAGUGUUAUUGCAUCUAGAAUUGAUUUUAAAUGUAUUGUCUAUGGAAAAGGAUUUCAUGUUGGUAUUACCUGUGAUUAUGCUUCAAUUAAUGAAAAGAUUUCUGCUCAUCCAGACGUUUUAAAGAAAAGUGUCGAAGAAUUGCCAUUAGUUAAAUGUACAAUUGAUCGUCCAAUAAGUGGUCCAGAUGCUAUUAUUAAUGUACGUGUUGCAGGAACAGAGUUAUGUAUUAAUAAAAUAUUAUUAAUGAAUCUCUAUCAAUUUUUUAUGUUACCUGAACAAAUUAGUCUUUCACAAGUUAAAUAUUUUCUAGAGCAACAACUUACUAAAUUUUAUCAAAUAACAACUCACAGACUGGGUGAUUUUGUAACGGAUCAUCAAACAACAAUUCAAUUAGACGUUGAAGUUGUUGCACCAACAAUCACAUUACCACUAUUUUUUAAUGACAAAGAAUCACCUUUUAUUAAAAUGAAGUUAGGACAAAUACAUAUUGUUACUAUAGAAAAUCCUAUUGGACAAAAGUUUAUUUAUAUUCUUAAUGAUGUUUCAUGUGCGUCAUAUCCUUCUUUUAAGAAUAAUAGUUGUACUGACGAAGAUGCUAAUUAUAUUAUACAAAAAAUUAGUGGAAAUGGAGAAGUUUUAGUUGGUGAACCAAAUAGACCAUUUAUUGAUAUCAUUGCAUCAUUUAAACCAUUUGUCUCAAAAAUAAGUAAAGCAAAAAUUGAUCUUAUAAAGGAAUAUAUUAAAGAGUAUACAGAUGGGUGGGAUGAAAUAAUUGUUCCUAAACAAUAUGAACAAGAACUGUCAUUAGAUGAUGUUGAAUUUUUAAAACAACAAAGAGGAAUGGUUAAGGCAUUAUUAAAGAGGGUUGCCACUGAGUCAAUUCAUAUUAAAGCAAAUUUAGAGAGAUUUGAAGUUGGAAUUGCACAAAUUGGUGAUAGUUCAGAAAAGAAAAUGGUAACUAAAUUAGUUGUUGAAAAAGUUGGAUUUGAUGUAGGAAUUAAGGCAAAUGGAUUUGAUUGUAAAGCAGAAAUUGGUAGUAUUGAAUUAGAAGAUCAUGUUAAUAGGAAACCACAAAUUCCAUUUAUUUUUAGUAGUAAACUAGAAAAUUGUAGUCAAUGUUAUUUAGCUAAUAUUCAUGUUGGAUGGGGACAAGAGUUAAUUAGUGUUCAAGGAGUAAUUCAAAUUGGAAGAAUGAGAGUAGCUAUUCAACCAAAAGUUAUUAGUGAACUAAUUAAAUACGGAAUGAGUUUAUUAUUUUCAUAUCAAUUAGAUAAUAGAAGUAUAGAAGAUAAAAGAAAAACAAUAAGAAAAGGUUUAUUAACAUUAAAAGAACCUAUAGUUAUUGAGGAUGAAAUAAAUACAAAGAAUGGUGUUAUAAAGAAAAGUGAAUCUAUUAAAGAGAAGAGUUCAAUUCAAAGUUCAAGAAAUAAUAUUUUAAAUGAACUUAAAAGGAAAAUUGAAGUAGAGUUGAAAGUUAGUGUUGAAGAAUGUGGAUUGUGUUUAAUUGAAGAUAGUGAUGAUAUGGUUUGUAAUAUGAAAGUACUAGGUAUUGAAACUGGACUUCAAUGGAAAGGAUCACCAACAAUUGAUCUAUCGAUACGUCAAGCAUGUAUUUUUGAAUAUGAUGUUGUUAGUAAUAAAGAACAACCAGUAUUAAUUUAUCAAGGAAAAGAAUUACUUACUAUGAGAUAUGAUCAAACAAGAAUGAAACUUUCAACAAAAAACCUAAUUAUUCACAAUAUCUUUAUGAAACUAAAUAUGGUUCAGUGCUUUAUUUGUCCAUCAUUUAUUACAAGAUCAUUAAAAAUUAUUGGAAGUGAUUCAAUAAUUAAAUCCAUUGAUCUAGAACAAAUCCAUAAACAAAUAGUAAGAGGAUUUAUAUCUUUUUCUAACAAUUUUAAAACUAUAGUAAAAAGUAUUGCAAUUAAAUCAAGAGGUGGAUUAAAUAAUGUUACUUUGUUUAAUCCAAAAAUUGAAUUAAAUUCUCCACAUAUUCGUUUAUUUAAAGAUUAUUCUAGUGGAAAUUAUUCAGUAAAUGCAUCAGCUGGAAUUAUUAUUAUUAGUUCAUUAAUCAAUGUGAUUGAAGAUAAAAUUAAUCAAGAAAUUGAAUUAAAAAUAGAUAAAUGUAAUGUUACUACAACUCAAAAAGGUGAGGUUAUUCCAAUUAUAAGUAAUUUAUCUAUUAAUUGUAAUGAAAAAACAAGUAUGGAAAUAGAAGAAGAAGUUAAAAGAAAUACAAAAGUAGAAUGUAUCGUUAAUCAAUUACUCCAAGUUAAUAUUAAAGCAAAACAAGUGAAAUUUCUUAUUGAUUAUUUCUUUGCGGUGAAAGAGAAAUUAGAUAUCGAAACUCUUAUGAAACUUUUUGACCAUAUUAAAACAACAAGAGCAAGAAGAGAAAUUAAAAGUGAAGAAUAUACACAAAAUCUAGAUAGAAGUACUAGAAAGGAGAAAGAAUAUAAUUUUUUAAUGGACAUUAACGUUUCUUCUAUUCAAGUAAUGUUUGGAGAUAUUAAUAAUGUUGCAUUGGCUAGUAUUAAUGGAAUUAAAACUAAUAUAAAAAUUACUAAAGACCUUUACUUAGAAGGAGAGAUUGAAGUAAAAGAUAUUAUAAUUGAAGAUGCCAGACCAGUUGCAGAAGGUAGAUUCCAUAGGCUAUUAGGUAAACUUAAAGAAACACCAUUUUUAUCAACAUCAAUUGAUAUGUAUAUUCCAACACUACAAAUAUUUUGUCAAAGUAAUAUCGAUAGUUUAUCAGUUGUAAUUAUUCCAUCAUUAAUCGGUGACUUAGCAUUAAUUGGAAUUGAUUUAACACCACAAAUAACAACAGUGCAUGAAAAAAAACAAUUUGUUAAGAAAAAGAAACCGGUUAGAAUGAGUGUAUUAGAUAUUAUUGAAAUUAUUGUAAACAAUGGAACGAGUAAAGAAAUUGAACUUAAAGCAAGUGAAAAUUUUUCAAAAACAUUGGAUGGAAAUGAAAUAUUCCAACAACUUAAAAAGAAGUUAAACAUUUCAGAACAUCAAAUUGAAUAUUUAUGUGAUGAAUUACUUAGACAGUCAAUACUUAUUGGUAAAUAUCCUUUUGAUAUACACCAUAACUAUAAAUUAUCAACUUUAGAUAUUACAAAAGAUUCAACCAUCUUUCUCUCUUCAUUUGAAGAGAUUCACCCUAAAGAAAUAGUUGAAGAAAGUGAUUUAAAUUGGUUUAUUUUCUCCAUUAUUGUAAGUGAUAUAAGUUUUAUUUUUGUUAUGGAUGAUGAAAAUAUUAAUACUCCAUAUCUAUUAAUGCAAGCAAAUGGUGCUGGACAAGUUACUAUUAAAAAGAAUAAUAAAAGUAAUUUCCUUUUUACAAUUAAUAAAGCUGAAUGGAAAAGUUGUCAAGCAAAGAAUGGAGAAUUAACGUAUCAAGGUGUUAUUUUAAAUGAAGGAUUUGAUUUAAGUUUCCAUGGAGAAAUUCUAUUAUCUGAGAAAUUAAUUGAAGCAUCAACUCAGUGCAUUUUCCAACCAGGAAAAUUUAUCUUUUCAUUUGAUGAUCUUAAGAUGUUACUAGGAUGUGGAAAGACUUUAAAGAAAAUUUUUGAAUGUAUUAUGAAAAAAUUAAAAGACCGACCUCAGACAAAGAAAAUAGUGACAUUAGCCACUUUAUUGAAUAACCCUCCGUCAUUAAGAAUUAAAGGAAAAGAUAUUUAUAUUAAAAGUACAUUUGGAAUUAGUAACUUUGAUUUAAUUCUUAACCAUCCAGUAAUAUUAUCUCCACUAUAUAAAAUUACUAUAGUUAAAGCAGAAACAAAGUUAUAUUCUUAUAAUGAUGAUAUUAUCAUUAAUAUUGCACCAUUAAUAUCAUUUGAUUUCUUUAAUGAAAAGUUUGGUGAAUAUGAAAAAGUCUUUGACCAUAUUCAGGCUGAUGUUAUUAUUAGAGCUGUAUGUGAUAUUGUUCAUGGAGAGCCACGAUUGUGUUUAUCAGUAAAUACUGGCUUUGGAAAUGUUUUCGAUAUCUCAGUAACAAAAGAGGUUCUUGAUAGUUUCUUUGAUGUUUAUAAAGAAAUUGACCAAUUUAACCAAAAUGCUCUUGGUGUUGGAGAAUAUAAACCAGUUAGAAUUAUUAAUCAAAUGACUACUACGUCAUCAAAGUUAUAUGCAAAAAUAAAUGGAACAUCAGAUGUGGAAUUAUUAUCAAACACUACAGUAGAAUUACCACUAGAAGCAAAAAGAAAACACAUUAAAGAAUUUACAUUAAGAAUAAGAAAUGAAGAUAUUAAAAUUCCAUUAACUACAACUAUUACACAACUUCAUGUAUUACAAAAUAAAGUCUAUUUCUUCAGUAAAAUGAUAUAUGAUACAGAUGGAUCUCAGUUAGUAUAUCUUAUGACAUGUAAAACUGUUAAAAACUCAUUAGACAUUCCACUUGAGAUUAGGCUCAAUAAAGGAAAUUUAAGUAAAGUAUUAAUUCUUGAAAAAGGAGAGGUUAAACCAAUUCCACAAGAAUUUAUAAAAGAAAGUAUCACUCUUGUUAUUGAAAAACAAUCUGUUGUGAUUAAUAGUGAUGAGUUAAAAGAAACUACAUUAAUUCCAUUAGAUACAAAGAAAACAAUGUUUAUUCAAGUUGAGAAAGUGACUACUGACUAUGAAUAUAAAGAUGCUGAAAUUAAUGAUUUCCAAAUUGAUAUUCGAUAUGCAUUCAGUAUAACGAAUUUAUUACCACGAACAAUUUAUAUUGGAAAUAAAGAAGAAACAUAUAACAUUGGUUCUUGUCAAACAAAGAAACUAUUCAAAAAUUUAGGUAAAAAGAUUCAAUUUGAUGGAGAAGGGUCAACUAUAUCUAUUAACACAAGAGAUAUUAAUUAUUCAGAUAUUGAUUUCUAUCAAUUAAAGAAUGGUACAACAAUACGUGCUCGAUGGAACAAAGGAGAUUGUGUUAUUGAUAGUGAAUUCUUAGUUUAUAAUAAAACAGAUGAAAAUAUUUUUGCUUGUGUUGGAAGUAAUAAGAUAUUAUUACAACCUUUAGGAAAUGGAGAAGUAUUAACAUUAAAUAAAUGUAAUUUAAAAUUAAUUAUGUGCGAAGGAAUAUCUGAGUCACUUCAGUCAGAAUCAAUUACAUCAGGUGAUCUUUGUAUUAAUGGAAAGAAGAAAACAAAUUAUAUUCAUUUGGAGUUAUCAAGUAAUUCACAAUUUCAAGGAAUUAAAAUUAUUACUAUCACUUAUGCAUAUCAUAUAAUUAAUACUACAGGACGUCCACUCUUUAUUCAAUGUUCAAAUCAAACUAGUACAAUAACCGAAUCACAACAAAAUCAAAUUGAGAUAUUACCAUUGAUACUACCUCCAACUAAAAGUAGUGAUAUUGUCCCUUCAUUUACACUUGCUUGUAAUAAAGAAGGUCCUUAUUCUGAAUUAUUUACCUGUAUAUCUGGAAGUAGUUGUGGUGUUUCUUUAAUUCAAUCAUCUGACUUUAAUAACCGAGUUAAUUUGUUUAUUUCAGUUAGAAAUUAUGGAGUUGGUCAGUGUGUUGUUAUUGAAAAUGAAACAACAUUAAAAUGUAAGAAUAAAAUAGUUAAUGACACUGAUGUACCUAUUCAAUAUUUGUGGAGUAAAACAGAUAACUCAGGUUUAUCUACUUCUGUUGACCCUCAUUCAGAAGCAACAAUAAAUAUUCAUAACAUUAUUGAUAUUGACCAUAUUGUUAUUUGUGCACCAUUCUUAAAAGAUAAAUAUGUUAGUUAUUCACUAAAAAAAUUAAAGUUUUAUGGACCAAUUAUCAGUGGUAAAACCUUAUUCUUUGCAUAUACCUUCAUUAUAAAUGGUAUAACAACACUAACAUUUACUUGUGAUCAACUAAAAGUUAUGAGAGAAUGCCCAUUAUUUAUUUUAUCAAACAAUUCAGAUCUUAGUAGUACUGGGGCUUUUGAAGUACCAAUUAUUAAUUUCUCAUUUAAAGCACCAACUAUUGGAAUUGAUAUUAUUGAUCAACGACGGAUUGAAUUGUGUUAUGCGAGAUUAAUUAAUUUAACAGCAAAUGUUCGUAUUAACGCAAAAUAUUCUGAAGUAGUAUGUGAUGUUCAAGAUGUUCAGAUUGAUUGUGAUGAGGUUAAUACCCAAGAAGAAGUAUUCUUAUCUAUUCAAAAGACAUCAUUACCAGCAAUUCAUUUCUCAACUCAAAUCAUUCAAAGUGAAACAAGUCAAAACUUUUUCUACUUCCCAUUCAUUAAUGUUUUAGUUCAACCAGUAACAGUAGCAGUAGAAAGUAAGUUUAUUUUUGAUUUCUAUCAGUUCUUCAAAUCCUUGCAUUUCAAAUUAAAAGAAAACCAGAAACAACUUACUCGUGGCAUUCCUCCUAUGAAUAGCAAUAUUUAUACAUUCAUUCGUUCAUUAGUCCUUCAACCAAUUGUUCUUUAUUUCUCAUGCAAUUUGCAACCAAGUCAUCUUGUACUUAUUCCUUAUAAUGCUUUUACUGCUGUAUUACAUGCGUUAGGUUCCUCAUUAUUAAAUAUUAGAGAUUCAACAAUCAAAUUAAAUGCAACUGUUGCAAAGAAUGUUAGUGGUGAUUUAUCUUCAUUAAAACAAAUAUUUGUGGAACAUUAUUAUAAACAAAUUAUUAAUCAAGCAAUUCUUCUUGUUGCAUACUCUUCAUUCUUAGGUAAUCCAAGAGGAUUAUUGAAUGAUAUUUCUACUGGGUGUCAUGAUUUCUUUUAUGAACCUGCACAAGGAUUAACUAUCUCAGUGAGUUCUUUUGGAAAAGGAAUGAUAAAUGGUGUUUCUUCUUUAGCUCAAAACGCAACCCAUGGAGCAGCAUCAUCAAUAUCUGGUAUAACUGGUUCUGUAUCAACAUUUGUUGCUUCAUUUAGUUUUGAUAAAGCUUAUAUUGAAAAACGUAAUUCUGAUAAACGGGCUAAAAGUACUGGAGAUGGAAUUCGUAAAGGAUUUGUUGCUUUCUCAAGUGGUGUUUUCCAAGGAAUUACAGGAGUAGUAUACCAACCAAUUAAAGGGGCUAUUGAUGGAGGAAUUACUGGUUUUAUUAGUGGAGUUGGUAAAGGAUUUGUUGGACUUGUUACUAAACCAAUUGUAGGUACAAUUGAUCUUGUUACAAAGACGGCUGAUGGUGUUAGGGCAAGUACUGGUAAAAUGCAAAUAGAAAGAAUUAGAGAUAUCAGAACAAUUAAUCCAAAAUAUUCAUUAAAACUAUAUGAUAGAAAUGAAGCAUUCUUAUCAAGAAAAAUGAGAGAAGAUAAUUUAGGAAAUAUAAUUACUUCUUAUAUCUCAACUGGAUCUGUAACGUGGAUCCUUGCUGAGAAACGUUUUAUUGUUUAUUCUCAAGGAAAAUUAAAUCCAUAUCAUUACUCUCUUAUAACUAUUACUAAAACACCUGAUGGACUAUUUAUGAAAUGCAAUCAAUUUAAUAAAGAAUCAAAGUUAACAAUUAACACAACAUCUGCUGAAUGUAAACUAUUUUUAGAAUUUGCUUCUGACUUAGUUACUUUGAAAUAA